AUGCGGACCAUCGGCGGCAGCCCCACAGACAAGCCCCAGAGAGGCAAUUCAGGCAGGCCUCAAGAGGACAAGUCGGUGACGCAUCAGCGGAUUAUGCGUGAUGGCACCGUCGAGGAUUUUGUUGAGAAGAUGAAGCAGGUCUUUGGGAAUGAACAUGGAGAUUUCCAGACAUUUCCUGCAGAGAAGAAAGCUAUUUGGACGCAAAAGUCUUCGCAAACAAAUGUGGAGUUCAGGGAACCCAAUCAUACCGUCUAUGUGACCGGGAAGGAGGGCUCUGUCCGGCAGAUUUUGGCGGUCCUUGGGCAAUUCCUGGAAAGCGUGCCAGAAGGCUACACAGGGGUUGAGACAUCCAGCCGGGUGCACACGAGGUCUUUUAUAGGAAGCAAAGCUCCAAGCAAGGUCUUUGAGGGUGGGAGUCUGAUGGCGGCCCGGACCAAGCCAACCAGUGUAACAGCCUUGAGCAUCGCCAACAAGCCAAAAAGCGCAAGCACCACCAAUGGCGUCAAGCAGGUGCCAUACAGGCGAAAAGUCACACAAGACUGCGAGUCAGAAGGUUCAGGUGAAUUGGAAUUGAAGGUGGGCGAGAUUAUCACUGUCCAGGAGGAUCCAGACGCCCCAGAGGGUGACCUGGAUCGAUGGGUGUUUGGCAAAAAAGAGAAAACUGGAGAGACUGGAUGGUUUGCGCUCGGCUACACCCGCGACACCGAGGAGUAG